ACCCUCCUGGCCCCUUUCGGAUUUACUGGGCUGUGGUUUCUUCCUAUAAAAACCCCUUCUCGGGCUUCUGGGUGCUGCCGCUGCCGCCGCUGUUGCUCCCGCCGCCGCCACCUCUGCCGCCUUGGAACCCGGGCCUGGGGGGGCGGUGGGGCCUCGCAUGGAGCCCCCGCCCCCCGGAGCUGCCGCCGCAGCCACCGCCGCGCCACACGCAGGUCCCUCUGGAAUGGCGUGAGCACUUCCCUAGCGAUGGACCCGUCUGUGACGCUGUGGCAGUUUCUGCUGCAGCUUCUGAGAGAACAAGGUAACGGCCACAUCAUCUCUUGGACUUCACGGGAUGGCGGUGAAUUUAAGUUGGUGGAUGCAGAGGAGGUGGCCCGUCUGUGGGGGCUGCGCAAGAACAAGACCAACAUGAAUUACGACAAGCUCAGCCGGGCAUUGCGGUACUACUACGACAAGAAUAUCAUCCGCAAGGUGAGCGGUCAGAAGUUUGUCUACAAGUUUGUAUCCUACCCAGAGGUUGCAGGGUGCUCCACUGAAGACUGCCCACCCCAGCCUGAGGUGUCUGUAGCCUCGACUGUAGCAAUGGCCCCUGCUGCUAUCCAUGCAGCCCCAGGGGACACUGCCAGUGGAAAGCCAGGAACACCCAAGGGUGCAGGAAUGGCAGGCCAAGGUGGUUUAGCACGCAGCAGCCGAAACGAAUACAUGCGCUCGGGCCUCUAUUCUACCUUCACAAUCCAGUCCCUGCAGCCACAGCCGCCACCACCUCUGCAUCCUCGGCCUGCCUCAGUGCUCCCCAACACUACCCCUGCAGGAGUACCAGCACCUCCCUCGGGGAGCAGGAGCACCAGUCCAAACCCCAUAGAAGCCUGUUUGGAGGCUGAAGAAGCUGGUCUGCCCCUGCAGGUUAUCCUGACCCCACCCGAGGCCACAAACCAGAAAUCAGAAGAGUUGAGUCUGGAGCCAGGUUUUGGCCGUCCACUGCCCCCAGCAGUGAAAGUGGAGGGACCUAGGGAAGAACUGCAAGCAGUAGGGGCUGCAGGCUUUGGUUCAGAAACUGUCAAAACUGAACCAGAAGUCUCACCCGCAGAAGGCCUUCUGGCUCGGCUCCCAGCUGUCAUAAUGGAAAAUACAGCACAGGUUUGUGGCCUCUCUGCCUCUGCCACUGAGAUCGCCCAACCCCAGAAGGGCCGGAAGCCCCGGGACCUGGAACUUCCACUUAGCCCAAGCCUGCUGGGUAGCCCAGGACCUGAACGGACUCCUGGAUCAGGAACAGGCUCUGGUCUGCAGGCCCCAGGGCCAGCACUGACGCCAUCCCUGCUACCCACACAUACCUUGACCCCGGUGCUGCUGACACCCAGCUCACUGCCCCCCAGCAUUCAUUUCUGGAGCACUCUGAGUCCAAUUGCACCCCGUAGUCCAGCCAAGCUCUCCUUCCAGUUUCCGUCCAGUGGCAGCGCACAGGUGCACAUCCCUUCCAUCAGCGUGGAUGGCCUCUCGACCCCCGUGGUGCUCUCCCCAGGGCCCCAGAAGCCAUGACUCCACCACCACUCCCUUUCUGGAGUCCCUCCAUCCAUGCUCCUGAGCUCUCCAACUAGCCAUCUCAAGGAGAAACAGUUCAACUGAUAGACUCAUGCUCUGCUCGUGGUGGGGUGGAUAUUCCUGGGAAAGAGAGAAUCUUUCACUAACUUCCACCCAAAAUAGACAACUUCUUUCUUUUUUGCCAGCCUCCCAGUGGCCGCCUUUACACGUCUCCUACCUGAAUGGUAGAGGCGGUUUAUUUAUUUAUUUUUUGAAGGCCACUGGGAAGAAUCUGGCCUAACCCUUUUAGGAGAGUGGGUAAGACAUCUCCCCCAUUUCUUCCCCAAUUUUCUCCCUAAAACAAGACAAUCAGGGUAUGGCUUGAGAAGGACCUUUAUUUAUUUCUCAGCCUGCCCUUGGGGAGAUGAGGGUGCCCUGUCUUUAUUUUGCAACAUGGGUUGAAGAGCUAGUUUGUUUUGUUUUAUUAUUCCUGGCCAUAUCUGAGUCCAGGAAGCACUUGUAUGAUUUAAUGGUUUGGAAGUGGUAGCCAAGGAAGAAUCACACUGUUCACAUAGGAAUUGCUACCUCCCCAACCUUUUCAGUCAGCUUGUUCUUUCUCAAGUAAGCUUUCAGCCAGGGAGGAAUACUCCUCUUGUUCUUCCCCUGAGAAGCCAUUCCUUUGUCUCCAAAUUCCCUGGGGGCCUGCCUAUUACCUCCCAAUGGAGGGUUUUUUUGGGGGUGGUGGUCCCCGUCUGGGGGGCCCCUCCAGCCAGUACUCCAGGGCUCUCUGUCUCCCAUCUUCUUCCAUUUUGAUAGUAUAAUCUAUUUUUAAAUGGGGCUUUUCAAUAGGGGAGAGGGAAGCAUCCCUUCCUAUAUCUGAUGGGUGGGUAGGCGGGUGGGUGGGAAGUAAGGGAUUUGGAGGUGGUCUUCCUGCCAACCCCAAGUGUUUAUUUUUGAUACCAAAUGUGUAUUUUCAGCUCCCUCCCUCCCAGCCCCUCAAUAUCCUGCGGGCAGGUGCAAAGGACCCUUUUAAGUGUCCCUGGAGUUGGGAGGGAGGAAUGGGGAACAUGAAGCCUGUCUUGUACCAAUUCUAGGCUGGAAGGAAUGGAUUCAAAAAACUCCCAGGCUCACCUCCUGUCAGCACUGGCCCAGACCAGGCCUGAAGACCUGGGGGCUGGUGAUUUGGGGGACGGUGCUACACUCGUCUCCACUAUUUGUUUUACUUCCCCAAAAUGGACCUUUUUUUCUAAGAGUCCCAGAGAAUGGGGAAUUGUUCUGUAAAUAUAUAUAUUUUUAAAGGUGAAAAAAAAAAAAGCCCUUCUCCCGGUCACUCGGGGUUGAACUCCUUCCCUGCGUGGGUUAUGAGUCUUGGCCCAGUGCACUGGUACCUGUCAAUAAACCUCGUGUGAU